GUCCAGGUUUAACUGAUAAUGACACAGAAAGAGAGGUCAGAGCAGGAGGACUGUUGCAGGAAAGAUCAACGAGUAUUAAUCUGAGAAAAUCAGAGGGAUGAUGUUUCCACAGCUGGUGCUGAUCACAGUCCUGGGGCUCACAUUGACCACAGUAACUGGACUACCAUGCACCCAGACGUUCCCCUCUCUGUCGCCCCCUUUAAAUGUUAACAGCGUAACACCCUCAGAUGUUGCUCUGCUUUCCUCCAUUGGACUUCACAUGCACAGCACGGAGCUGUCCACAGUGGUAUCAAGACUCAGAGAGCUGAUGACUUUAUUCAAUCCUGCACUCGUCGGUCCUCUAUCUGAUGAAACAAACUUGUAUGCCCCCCAGCUUCUUCAACACAGCAACACGCUGGUGGAGCAGGCAAAGGAGGUUACCCUCUACCUCCAGAACAAUCAGGUCGUUGAUGUGGCUAGAGAUUGGAAGCUGGUCCUUCUCUUUGCUCAGGUGGAUCAGCUCUGUGCCUGUGGUCAGCAACAGGUUAGUUCUGUUAUUGAAGCCCUGGUUGAAGAGGUGGAUGAAGCUCUGCAGCUGCUGCACUCUCAGCUGAAGCGGACUAUUGUCAGUGUUGCAUUGUGGGAUGGAGAGAGCAACAGUUUCAACAACAAGAUGUGUCGCUGCAUGGAGACAAUCAGUGAAGGAGAAGCCAGACUUCAGAGGGCCAUGCUGAGUCAUGCUCUGCAGGAGUCUUUGGAUGAACUCAUGGUACAGAGGCGCUGGUACAGUGACAGAGAUGACUUCGCUGUGGUUGUGCAGGAAGCACCUUUCAUCGCAGACCCCUCCUCUGUCUCUAGUGGGAAGCCUCUAUCUGAGUCCCGAGCGUCAAAACACACUGAUAAACUGAUGGUGCAGAUGUGGACAAACCUGCUGCAGCCCACAAGUGGCCAACAUAGCACAGAAGACAAAGGAAAGAUCAGCGCUUUGCCAUGUCCAACUGAAGACCGGCCCUUCCUGAGGACGGAGGGAAACUCUCCUUCAUAUCAUCACAGCGAUGCAUCUCCUCUUCUCCACCCUUUCACAGGCACAGACAUGCCCUGUGAGGACUUUAGCGCCUCACCCUCCACACCCACCUCAGUCCAUGAACUCAGGCCUGGAGAUAUUCAAGUGGUGGCUGCAGUGGGAGACUCUCUGACAGCAGGCAAUGGUAUCGCAUCAAGCCCGAACAACGUCCUGGACGUCCUGCGUCAGUACAGAGGUUUAUCCUGGAGUAUUGGUGGAGAUGAAAACCUCACCACUGUCACCACGCUGCCUAACAUCUUAAAACACUUCAACCAAAACCUGACGGGCUUCUCUGUCGGAAUGGGCAAACAGGAAACUUCCGAGGCUUUCCUGAACCAGGCCGUUGCUGGAGCAAAGAGCAAGGACUUAUUAACCCAGGUGCAAGCCCUGGUUGCGAAGAUGAAAAAUGACUCUAGAAUCGAUUUUGAAUCAGACUGGAAAGUAAUCUCCCUUUUCAUUGGUGGAAAUGACGUCUGUGACCACUGCUACAACUCGCUACUUUACUCUGAAGAGAACUUUAUCCGUAAUGUCCGAAACAGCCUGGAUUAUCUUCACAAAGAGGUGCCCCGAGCUCUGGUGAACUUAAUAGAGACUCUCCAUAUAACCCCCCUAAGAGAAAUACACAUAGACAAAUCCCUUAAAUGCCCAACUUGGCUGGUCAAUAUCCUGUGUCCCUGUGUUAUCUUGCCUAAACCUAGCUCUAAAGCUCUGCAAAUGGUAGACGACAUCAAUAGAGGCUAUCAGCGUUCACUGAAAGAGCUUGUGGAGUCAAACCGGUAUGACACUCGCUCAGACUUCACUGUGGUCGUCCAACCUUUCUUCAGGGACAUCGACUUACCCAGACAGCCGGACGGUCGUGCAGAUCGUUCAUUCUUCAGUGCAGACUGCUUCCAUCUCAGCCAGAAGGCCCAGACGAUGAUGGCUCGCUCCCUCUGGAACAACAUGCUGGAACCUCUGGGCAAUAAGACAACCAGACAGGAUUUUACUGCAGACAUUGACCUGAAAUGUCCUACCAAGACAUCACCAUUCAUCCGGACCUAUAACAACAGCAAUUACAUAUAUGCUGGUCCCUCUCCAACACCUGAUCCUAUUCCUAACUGGGGAAGCAAUUUCUCCUGUGUUGACCUUGUUCCGUCUGACUCUGUGCCAACUUCCGUUCACAAGCUGAGACCAGCUGACAUUAAAGUGGUGGCAGCACUGGGAGACUCAUUAACGGCAGGCAGUGGUGCUAAGGCAAAGAACCUGUUUGACCUCAACAAAGAAUACAAAGGAGUAUCUUGGAGCAUUGGAGGUGAUGCUUCUUUGGAGACAGUCACAACAUUACCAAACAUUUUGAAGAUGUUCAACCCCACUUUGAAGGGCUUCUCCAAAGGCCAGGGCUCCAUACGGAAGGCCUUCAACAUGGCUGUACCUGGAGCUAAGACCUCAGGGAUCCCAGUGCAAGUACAAGCCCUCAUCAAGGCCAUGAAAGGAAACAAGGAGGUGAAUUUUGAGAAGGACUGGAAACUAGUGACCAUAUUUGUUGGAGGAAACGAUCUUUGCCAUUACUGCUUAGACCAAAAUAAUCUGUCACCCACGAACUACAGCCACAAUCUCAUGCUCAGUUUGGACAUGUUUUACAAAGAGGUACCGAGGCUGUUGGUCAAUGUUGUGCCGGUCUUACAGAUAGAUACAUUGAAAUCAGUGAAAAUGAAUACACUUGGCUGUUCCCUAUUGCAGAGAACCAGCUGUCCCUGUGUUAUCAACCCAUCUGAAAACUCCCCAGAGCUUGAAGAGAUAAAACGAGUCAAUCGCGAGUAUCAGGCUGAAAUCCAGCAUCUUAUCUCCGGAGAUCACUUUGAGGAAAAAGAAGACUUUGCUGUUGUCCUUCAACCCUUUUUAGAGAAUUCAUUCAUCCCUUACGUUGGGGAGGGUGAGGUUGACUCGAGUUUCUUCUCUGUGGACUGUUUCCACAUCAGCGAGCGAGCUCAUGCUGAGAUGGCCAUAGCGUUGUGGAAUAACAUGUUGGAGCCUGUUGGAAGAAAGCAAAACUACAACAACUUCACAUAUGACCGAUCGAAAAUUAAUUGUCCCUCUGAGGCGAAUCCUUUCAUCUUCACUAAGAUCAACAGCUUACCAAGUCCCCCAGUGACAGUCCCCACCCCCACCACCAACACCACCACCACCACAACAAGUUCCAGUGCUGCAACAACACCUCCUGUUCCCAUGUGCCCCCCCUCUUUGCCUGUGUGGGUGCCAGUGGUUGUGGGAAUAAUCAGUCUGCUGGCCGGCGUGGUUGUGGCCUGGCUUAUUCUCUCCAGGUGUGUGCGUAGCUGAAUCUGGACGUUUUGUACAUUUAUCUUCUCCUUUUAAUUUAUUCGUAGAAUAAAAUUGCUAGAACACAGAUGGAUUCAUGGUUGAUUGUUUUUGUAAAUAAUAUUAUAGUUUCCUCAUCUCUGAAGUGUCUGGUUGGAAUAAUCUCUACGUAAUCUACAUCCCUUCAUCACUGCCUCUUGACAUCCUAUCAUCUGCUCAUCCUGUCUUCCUGUUUAUCUUUGCAUUUAAUCAGGUUGAUACUUUCUGUGUGGCAACUUCUGGGGUGGUGGGGCUUGUGUUCAGAUGGUGCAGAAACAAAACUCCACCUGGGGAAUGUUUUUAGUCCAUGUUUGAGUCCAGGGAUGUAGUUCAGAACAAAAUAUCUAAAUAUCUAAUGCUUUGAUUGAUUUCCAUAAAACGUGUACAGACAUACAGA